GCACGCACUGCGGUUCCGGUUCCGGUUCCCGCGAGAAUCUGGACCUGCACCUCUGAACAACUAUGGCGUAUUCCACCGUACAGAGAGUGGCCUUGGCCUCGGGGCUUGUCCUGGCUGUGUCGCUGCUACUGCCUAAGGCCUUCCUGUCCCGCGGGAAGCGGCAGGAGCCGCCGCCCGCACCCGAAGGAAAGUUGGGCCGGUUUCCACCUAUGAUGCACCAUCACCAGGCACCCUCAGACGGCCAGAUCCCUGGGGCUCGUUUCCAGAGAUCCCACCUUGCAGAGGCAUUUGCCAAGGCCAAAGGAUCAGGUGGAGGUUCUGGAGGAGGAGGUGGUGGAAGAAGCCUGAUGGGGCAGAUUAUUCCCAUCUAUGGAUUUGGAAUCUUUUUAUAUAUACUGUACAUUCUGUUUAAGCUCUCAAAGGGGAAAACAACUGCAGAGGAUCGGAAAUGCUCUACUGCCAUACCAGGGAACACCCACAGGAAAAUUACCAAUUUUGAGCUUGCUCAACUGCAAGAAAAACUAAAGGAGACAGAGGAAGCCAUGGAAAAAUUAAUCAGCAGAGUGGGACCGAAUGGGGAGAGAGCACAGACUGUGACUUCUGACCAAGAGAAACGUUUGCUACAUCAGCUUCGAGAAAUCACCAGAGUCAUGAAAGAAGGAAAAUUCAUUGACAGGACCUCUCCAGAGAAAGAAGCUGAGGAGGCACCUUACAUGGAAGACUGGGAAGGUUACCCUGAAGAAACUUAUCCAAUUUAUGACCUUUCAAACUGUAUCAAGCAUAGGCAAGAAACAAUCCUGGUGGAUUAUCCUGACCCAAAAGAGCCUUCUGCUGAAGAAAUAGCUGAAAGAAUGGGAGUGAGAGAAGAGGAAGAAUCAGGCCAUUUGGGUUGGGGAAGUCUGCCCACUGACCCCAGAAUCCAGGAAGAAAAUUCUGUUACCUCAAGUGACCCUAACCGAGAAACACAUUCCUGCUGUUUUCAUGAAGAAGAGGAUCCUGCUGUCUUGGCAGAGAAUGCUGGAUUUAAUGCAGAUAGCUACCAUGAGCAAGAGGAAACCACCAAAGAAGAGUGGUCCCAAGACUUUAGAGAGGAAAGGCUAGGUUUCAAUGCUAAUAAACUAUUUACAGGUAGCAUGUUGAGAAGGCGUAACCCCCAAGGUUUAGAGUGAAAACAGUGAGUCUGGGGAAGUAUCCCUUACUCUAGUCCUCAAGGUGACCUUUCUCUCCUCAGAUUUCUUCCUUGGCCCUAUACCCUAUACUUCUCUGUGUUCGGAUGUCAUCACUAUCAGGCCACUACUAUGGAUAUCGUGUGUCUUUCCUGGUACUCACACACCGGUCACUGCGUAAAACAUGGACAUUAGUGUCAUCACAUGACAGCUUCACUCUUUCUCUUCCUACUUUCCCCCAUCAGAGAAGUUGAUCCAUUGACUAAUUAUAUUUGGUCUGUAGUAAUUUCAGAUGGGACUGUUGGGGCAAAGGUCCAACUUUUCCUGCUAGGUGGACAGAUGGUUUACUUGUGAACAAACUCAGCUUGCAGACAAUGAGGACUUAAGGUUGCAAGAGUGAAGAUUUCAGUUGUUAUUCUUUGGGCUUUAAGCAGGUUAGUGAUCCCCUGGGGAGAAGAGGACAUUUUAUUUGUGGGGAUGAUGGGCCCAGUGCAGGGUAAGACUGAGCUGAGCUAGAGAUUCUUUCUUGCAGUGAAGGUCUUCCUAGGAGCACUGAUGGCUGUCUGAGACAUCCUCUUUCUCCAGAGUCCAGAGGCCUGUAUGGGGGCUAUUUGGCUCUGAUACUGCCUAGAUCUCUAAUUUUCUUUACCUUGUCCUGCUUAACAGAACUGUUGAACCUAGAAGUACCUUUGCAUCUCUGUCUUUAGUGGCCAGAGGGAGUUUUAGAUACAGCCUUUAGUCCCUGUCCUGCAAAGCCAAGAUUUGAAGCUAUUGAAACUAGACGAAGGUGUGCCCAAGGUUGUCUUGCCCCAAGGGGCACAGAGGGCCAGGGAGCCAGCAGUAGGGGUAAGAACCUAUAUACUUAUGGACAGUCCUUGCCUAGAAGCUGUUUCUGAACGUUGUGCCCUUUGGGAAAUUUGUUGUAAAAGCCAUAUGAAUUGAAACAGAAAUAACUGAACUUCUAUACAACAGGAAAGAACCAAUAUGUCAAUGCCAGGAGAAAAGACCAUACGUUCUAUAUUCAGGUAUCUGGGUCCUUUGAGAGAGCUUGAGAAAGUAGCAAAUAGAUUAGGACUAGGAAGAUUUUGACCAAACUAUGGGCCUCUUCUCCAAAAUUGUCAUCUGCCAUGCAUCUUCUUAAGACAAGAUGGUAUUCAUAAUUCUAACCUGAAGGAUGUGUGAGUUCAGAGUUUACACUUAAGACCUGAGUGUUUGAAGAGAGCACAUUCUUAAGGACAUUCUCUGUCAUGAAAUGUGAAAAACUGAAAAAUUAAGAAAUCAUGUUAAAGGUAGAUAGGGCUGUUAGAGUUCCAUUGUGUGUGCCAUGAGUAAGAUGCCAGGAAAAUAGUUAAAAUCUGCUAUUCAGAUCAUAGUGAGAUAAUCUGUUAGCUACUACCAGGCACUUCUUUUUUUUUUUUUUUUUUGUAGAGACAGAGUCUCACUGUACCGCCCUAGGGUAGAGUGCUGUGGCGUCACACGGCUCACAGCAACCUCUAACUCCUGGGCUUACGCUAUUCUCUUGCCUCAGCCUCCCGAGCAGCUGGGACUACAGGCGCACACCACAACGCCCGGCUAUUUUUUUGUUGCAGUUUGGCCAGGGCUGGGUUUGAACCCACCACCCUCGGCAUAUGGGGCCGGUGCCCUACUCACUGAGCCACAGGCGCUGCCCAUACCAGGCACUUCUUAAGUGAACUACAGAGAAAAGUUGCUGAAGAUUGAGUUUAUAGAAAGUAAAUUAUCUCUUUGUAGAAUAUUUUGAUUUACAUUGUAAAGAAUGCAGUUUAAAAUGUACUGAAGACAAUCUAGAUAUAAUAUACACUAAAGGUAAAUAAUAAUAUAGGUGCUUUUUAUUGUUUCCAUAAGUUGUUUAUUGUGUAUGGUUUAUUAUUUCCAUAGGUUGUUUUCUGUGUUAUUUCCCUUCAUUUACAAUGAGGGAUUGAUUUCUAAGGAAGCCCUGAGUCCCUGGCUUAAAUUUCUUUUUUGCCUUAGGAUACAGUACCAUUAUUAGAGAUAAGUCCUUCGGUUUCCAUCUAGCUUAUUUGUUUGUUUGUUCAUUUAGCAGACAGCUACAAUAUGCUAGGUGCUAGAAACACAAAUCCUAAUUUCUACACUUACAAAACUCAGUUUCACAUGAGAGCCUGAUAGAUAAAUGAACUAUGAAGAGGGUUGAGGAUCGUGAAUUCUGCAGGCAGAGAAAUGUGGAUAAUGCCCUGUCCCAGUGUAUUCUAGCUUUAGGAUCUUGGGUUAGUUCCUUAACUGGUCUUGAGCCUUGGCUUCCUCAAUCACUUAUAAAAUAUGGGUAACCAAAGUCCAGGUCUCACAGGUUGUUAUAAGGAUUAAAUAAGGGUAUGUGAAAUGGCAUAGGUUCUAGCUCGUAUGUGAUAAGCACUCAAGUGCUACUUUUAUGAGACGAGGGUCUAUCCUGUAAUUGAGAUAUGAACCCAGGAACAUGAAGGAAAGAAAAAUUAUUUUUGCCAGACUACUUCCAAGAGAAGGUGGGCCAUGAGGGGUGCUAAGAACUUCUCCAGGUGGACAAGGAAGAAAAAGAAUAUUUUUGGCAGGAAGAAUGGUGAUGGAGGCUUGAUCCCUAUAGCACAGUGGUUAUGACACCAGCCACGUACAUCAAGGUUGGUGGGUUCACACCCAGCCUUGGCCAGUUAAACAAUGACAACUGCAACAAAAAAAAUAGCUGGGUGUUGUGGCAGGCGCCUGUAGUUCCAGAUACUUAGGAGGUUGAGGCAAGAGAAUUGCUUAAGCCCAAGAGUUUGAGGUUGCUGUGAGCUGUGAUGUCACAGCAUUCUACCCAGGGCGACAGCUUGGGACUUUGUCUCAAAAAAAAAAAAAAAAAGAAUGGUAAUGGAAAAAGCAGUAGGUUGUGAAAGUAUACAGAUGUUCCCGUAUUUUGAUGAGAAUGGUAUGUAAAGUGUUACAUAAUUAGCUCUUUAUUUUGAAUGUUAGUCUUUGGGAAAAAUUGAGUUAUGAAAAUAGUUCGUGCCAUAAGUACUAAGCCCUUCAUGAUGGCUCUUCUGCCCUAGUCCUUGGUUCGACUGUAUAUUAGGAAUAUAGCUGUAUGAGAAAUUUUGAUAUACCUUCAGUCAUUUAGGAUUUAGACAGUCCUUUCCAAAAUCAUUUAUCUUUCAGGGAUGACAUUAUGUAUGUAUAUGCAACCCAGGGUGACCAAAAUCAUAAACUGGUUUUUGUUGCUAUGGCUGCUCUUUUCUCACAGUCUUCAUUUCUCAGAACUAAGGGGCUGUGAACUUGACCAGUCCCUUGGUCUUUGGGCACUGUGGCAGAGGACACAUGGACAGUUAGCUUAGGAAACAAGCGCUUCUUCUGGGACCAUGCUUGGUAAAUCAGGUGGAUAAUCCAGCCAGGAGAUCCUUUUUCCUGGUCACAAAGGAACACAAAGUACCUCAUUUUAGCUGUAUGAUGAGGGACAUGUAACUUCCACAAGGUAGGUCCGGGGAGGUGUGUUGAGGAGCAGAGAUAUAUUUGGCCUGUAGAAACAGUAGCCUGUGAGAACCACACUCUCUACACCUCUAUGGCUUGGGUGAUUAAAUAACUUAUGGUCCAAACCUGAACACUUUGGAAAAAGGGAGAUUUAAUAAUGAUUAUGCUAAGAUAAUAGGCGUAAACAAAGACUGUCCUACACAUAUGGUUACCCUGUCUAUGGUCAUUUAAGAUUUUUCUUCAGGCUAAUGACUAAACAAACAAAACCCUCUUUCCUUUUUAGAAUAUCCUGCGUAUGUAUGCUAUUUCCUGCACAGGCCAUAAGAGAUAGGCCAUGGUUCAGGUAAGAAAUGCUCUGGGUCACAGAAUUCUAAAUCUGGAAGAAUAAAUGACAAAUCCUCCCAAUUACCAUAACCAUUAACGUUUCUACAAUAUACUUGUCCUCCAUUUUCUUUUCUUUCCCAUUUUUUAAUACAAAGAAAAAUAGGACUCCUCUUUCUUAGGUCAUUCCAUAUUUAAAAAGCAUGUAUCCCAGGGUGAAGCGUAGGACAUGUGCUUGAUGACAGCAUCAUCAGUAGCACUUUGUUGUCAACCCCUGUGCUAGUGACUAUCACACUGACUGCCAAGAAUGGCUCAAGAGCCAUUUUGCAGUCUCUAGGUGACUUCAUGAAAUUGUAACCUCUUCCCUCUGGAUAGGACCAUUAGCUUUCAUGUCUGCUUCCAGGUACCACUGUAUCCUUUCUUCCUCUUGGCUGUAAAUCUGCCACAAGCUGAAAAGAUUCUCAAGCAUGUUCAAGUCCUACUUAAAUUGAUUAGGCUCUAAGCAAGGCCAGAGGAACCAAGUGGCUGGGUCUUCGUGCUAUAAUCUGCCAAUUGAGUCUUUUCUACCUUUUUUUUUUUUUUUAUUUUUUUAGCUCUAUAGCCCCAUUGUGUUCCUAAAGACCAGGCCCAUAUGGGAUAACUCAGAACCACCAGCCCAUUCCUAUAAGCACAGCAGACCCUGUUAGCUACCUUUUAACCUCACCAUUUUCCCAGCCCUUCCUUGCCUCUCAGUGUGAUUCUGAUGAUCUUUAAACUUGAAUGGG